AAGUAGAGAAAAUCUAGAGAGAGAGAAUCCGCGUUUGUGAAAGUGUGUGUGAGAGAGAGAGAUGAGCCGAAGCAAAGCGAAUGACAACUGGUGAAGAAGAACAGGAAGACACUUGUAUAAGCCAUCUCUUUUGUGUGCUUCACUGAUAGUCACAGAGAGAGAAAGGGGGAGAGAGACCUCGAGAGAGAGAGAGAGUAGAAUUAUGAAGCAUAAGGAUGGGAAGCAAAUUCCUCAACAGGAAAAGGGUUCAAGGAUCAUCUCACUGACGAUCCUGUUUGUUGUGUUGUGCGGCUUUUCGUUCUAUCUCGGUAUGAUAUUUUGUUCCGAGAAGGACAAGAUCGAGGCCAAGGAUGUCGCCAGGACCGCCCUAGCUUCCUCCCCAAAGGAACCUACAGUUUCGCCUCUCCAGAUCAAAUCUUUUUCAUUCCCUGAAUGUGGAACUGAAUUCCAAGAUUACACCCCAUGCACUGAUCCAAAGAGGUGGAAAAGAUAUGGUGUCCAUAGGCUUAGUUUCUUGGAACGACAUUGCCCACCGGUUUAUGAGAAGAAAGAAUGCCUGAUUCCACCACCCGAUGGGUAUAAACCGCCGAUUAGAUGGCCGAAAAGCCGAGGCCAGUGUUGGUACAGGAAUGUUCCGUACGAUUGGAUCAACAAGCAGAAAUCUAACCAGAACUGGCUCAGGAAAGAGGGUGAAAAAUUCACUUUCCCGGGUGGUGGAACGAUGUUUCCCCGUGGAGUUAGUCAUUACGUCGAUUUGAUGCAAGAUCUUAUCCCUGGAUUGAAAGACGGGACAGUUAGGACAGCCAUUGAUACUGGCUGUGGAGUCGCAAGUUGGGGAGGCGAUCUUUUGGACCGAGGGAUACUCACCCUCUCUCUCGCUCCCAGAGAUAACCAUGAAGCUCAGGUUCAGUUUGCACUCGAACGUGGAAUUCCCGCUGUUCUUGGGGUAAUCUCUACUCAACGGCUUCCUUUCCCGUCAAGUGCAUUCGACAUGGCUCAUUGCUCGAGGUGUCUUAUUCCCUGGACAGAAUUCGGUGGAAUCUAUUUGCUCGAGAUUCAUCGUAUUCUCCGUCCGGGUGGCUUCUGGGUCCUGUCUGGUCCGCCUGUGAACUACAAGAACCGAUGGAGGGGAUGGAACACGACUAUCGAAGAGCAGAGAUCCGACUACGAGAAGCUUCAGUCCCUUCUAACCUCCAUGUGCUUCAAGAAGUACGCCCAAAAAGGUGACAUAGCCGUAUGGCAGAAACUCUCGGACAAAACAUGCUACAACAGAAUUGCGAAAAACUCGGAAGCUUACCCGCCCAAAUGUGACGACAGUAUCGAGCCCGACUCGGCAUGGUACACUCCCCUCCGUCCCUGCGUCAUCCCUCCGAGCCCCAAAGUCGAGAAAUCGAGUCUCAAGUCCAUCCCGAAAUGGCCCGAGAGGUUACACUAUACGCCGGAGAGAAUCUCGGACAUUCACGGAGGUAGUGCCAGUGGACUGAAACACGACGAUGGGAAGUGGAAAAACAGAGUUAAACACUACAAGAAACUUGUCCCAGCUCUUGGGACAGACAAGAUCAGGAACGUGAUGGAUAUGAACACUGUCUACGGAGGUUUUGCCGCUUCCCUCAUGGAGGAUCCCGUAUGGGUCAUGAACGUCGUCUCCUCCUACGGUGCCAAUACGCUUCCCGUGGUGUACGACCGAGGCCUUAUCGGAACUUACCACGACUGGUGCGAAGCUUUCUCGACGUAUCCAAGAACAUACGAUCUUCUCCACCUCGACGGCCUGUUUACCGCGGAGAGCCAUAGGUGUGAAAUGAAGUACGUGAUGUUGGAGAUGGACCGGAUCUUGCGUCCCAAAGGGUACGUGAUAAUCCGAGAAUCGAGUUAUUUCAUGGACGCCAUUGCCACGAUCUCGAAAGCGAUGAGGUGGGAUUGCCGGAAAGAGGAGACGGAGUACGCCGUCCAGAAGGAGAAGAUUCUGGUUUGCCAGAAGAGGCUCUGGUUUUCGUCUAACCAAACCACACGAUGACACUAGUAUACCAAAGAUAACCGGCCUUAACCGGAGAUAACCAAAGAUUUGAAAUUCAUGGCAUUACUCAUGAGUCAUCCGUGAUGAUUGGAGGCGAAAAGGGUCUGGUCCUUGGAACCCAAGAAAGUUUGAAAGUGCUUUUUUUUCCUUAUUUUUUUAA